GACUUGGUCUGCGCUGUUGACAGAAGAUUUUCCUUGUAUUGAUCUUUAGUCCCCUGUUCAUAACGGACCGGUACGCUACAUGGGUAGUGCUUAUUCCUCCGUGUUCCUCCCCGUCCAGAGUAAAGAACAAACACUCUCAAACAGUAAAGGACAGAGACUGUAUGGAGGUGUUAUGCAACACAAUCGACUGAUGAACAUCGCAUGUUAAUAAGGUUGCCAGUAUAUACCGUGUAUUAUCACAGAACACAGAUUAGGCCUGUGUGGUAUGAAACUAAUCAUUGCACAUUGGUGGAUACAUUCAUAAAUUAUUACGCAGAAAAGAUUUAUAAUACAUGUACAUAACAGGAAGCUCUCUGUGUCCUUGCCCUACCGAAGCCGAAUGUGGAAAAAACCGGUCCGGCCUGGAAGACGAGAGUCAAAUUACUGCAGUGACCUCUGCAACACUGUCUGUGUCGCGCUGCCGUGCCUGGAGUGCAGGAAUAAAAAAGGAAAUUUUGAUUCCCCCCAUGCAUGCUGAUACUGAAGUUGUGAACAGGUGCACAUUAUUUUAAUAGGCCCUAUGCAGUAUCGGAAAGCAGUCUUAUAGGCCCAGCGGUUAUGGUCGAUCUUCUUUCCUCCAUGUUCCUCUUAAGUACGGAAAUACAGUGUUAGAACAUUGAUGAACCUUGAACUCGAAAUUCACGGUGAGUUGACGAGACUGGCAAGCUGCCUACGGUGCAGUUUCACGCACCGUUCAUGUACAUGUACUCUGUGCUCAGUCGUUCGGCUGGCGGGUGUAUGAGGUUGCAGCACUUGCCAUCGACGGCAGCCACGUCAUGACUGUGUGCAUCAUGUGAGACGUUUGCUCCAUGUUCUUACGCACCCACAGUAGGGCCUACAGUGUCAUAAGCCAUGCAACACUUCUUAAUUUGGAACGUUUAACGGUGGUAAUUGACGUUUGGAGAUCGCAAGUACCACUAUACGGUUACACAUGGUCUUCUUGUGCGCGUUAGGGACAGGUCUUCGGUGCCCUAGAAAGCGGAUGCACACAUCCUGAAGUUAAGGUCAACUCCAUCUUUGUCUUCCAAACAUGACGUCGUUGUCGGAGUUUGUUCCUCGAGUUCAGUGGAAGACUUGCUGCCUUUAUUCGCCCCGUCUGCCGUGCUUACUAUUACUGUUUGGCCUCGCACUAAUUGGCGGACUAGUUAUGCACAUGAAUGGACCUAUGGCAAUGCAUUUGAACCGGAUAGCGAAUACCACACAUAGGCUAAUCAGCUCGCGUCUGCAUGAACAUGCGAUGGUGUCACAGCCUCCUUGUAAUGCAACGUGUAGAUGGCUUCGUGAACAACAGAGGAGGAAAAAACGUGUCUCAACUGUAUGCAAUUCGUACAGAAAUUCGUCUGAUGCGCGGGCGAACGAUCUCAGUUACACCCUGACUCCUCAACUACUGCGUACUAUGAAUCAUUUCUUGGUGUCGGAUUCGCACAGAUUGAUCUACUGUUACAUCCCAAAGGUCGGGUGCACAAACUGGAAGCGCGUGCUUCUCGUACUCGGCGGCGCUAUAGGAGGAACAAACCAGUCCACACAGUCGGAAACGCACGUUAUUGCACAGAAGCACAUUCGAACGCUAGCCGGGUAUUCACUGCAAGCGGCCAAAGAGCGUCUUGACAAUUACACCACGUUCAUGUUUGCACGGCACCCGUUCGAACGCAUCCUGUCCGGCUACCGGGACAAGUUCUUGAUGGACUAUCCUGCCAGCACGAGCUUCAGGAGGAAGUACGGACCAUUGAUCUCGACAUACGACGACCCAAGACAUCGUCACCCUUCACGGCGAUCCGACGGCACGCUGAACGUGUCUUUUGCACAGUUCGCCCGAUACUUGGGUGAUCCGGCCAACUCGUUCCGUGGCGACGAUCCCACGGAACACUGGAACCAGAUGUACCGCAUAUGUCACCCUUGUGCGGUUAGCUAUGAUAUCGUCGGGAAUUUCUCCACUUUGCACGAAGAUGCCGAUUUCCUCUUAAAUCUCAAAGGCCUUGACACAAAAGUGUCAUAUCCAAAGUCAACCAACCCUACCAACAGCUCCGACGAGCAAUACCUGGCAAGGUAUUUUGCAAAUCUGCUGCCAGGCGACAUCAAGGCACUUCUCGACCGUUACCUCAUCGACUUUGAGCUGUUUGGCUACACAUUGCCAUCAGUCGUCCCUGCAAAGAAUUCUCCACAAUGAAUGGACGAAUUGAAAUGUUCACGAGGCAUCUGUAGGAAGAACUAUGCAGUCAUGUUCUUAUCCAAAUCAAUUUUCGUGCAAUCAUAACACGCAGUGCAUGGCAUUUGGACUACAUGUAACACGUGUUUGAGUUAGACAUCACAAUUUGUCGAUCACUGUGGUUUGCAACCAACAUCUAUGCUUCCAUUUGUAUGUACAAGGUUGUUUAGAAGUCCGAUAUUUUUCAGCGUAUAUUUAGCACAAUACUACAACCGUUUGUUAAUUCUAGUGCAAUCUAACCAACUUAAAAAUAAAUAAAUAAAAAACAAAACAGUGCUUGCCAAAAUAUGCAUUGGUACGUAGAAGUGAACAAUUAAUAUUUGCGCAAAACUAUCUAGUGGAUGAAAAACAUGUAACUUGUUUAAACUUGCCGCGGGACCCUUUGUACAUUGGGAUACAUCCUCCAUUUUUUCCCUCUUGUUCCGUCAGCACCAAGUACAAUCAGUGACUCGGAGAGAGGGGGGACCCUCACACUUUGAGAAAAUCUCGUUUCCCAAAUAAGCUGAGAAAUGAAAUGUUUUUGGUUUGCUCGUUGGGUUUGAUUUGCAUGUUUCAGGCCAAUUUGAAACUGUGCUUUGGAACAUGGGUAUACACUUGGUGCACCCGAUCCGACUACCCACCGCUACUUGUAAGUGGGGCCUGUGCAGCUAAAUAGCCAUGCUCUAACUGUGGUGCUAAUAUAUUAUCGUAUGAUGCAAUGCAGUAUGCACACUUACAAGUGAGGCUUGUUCGAGCUUUCUGCUUCCAAAUUUUUUUGACGCUGACUAGCCUCACUUAUAAGUGUGCCAGUGUAUUGCAUCAUACCAUAAUAUAUUACCAUCACAGUUAUAAGUAGCGGUGGGUACUGGGAUCGAGUGCUUCUCUCCUCUUUCCAGAGGCACCGUGAAGACAUUUUCAUCGGAAGUGGUUUGUCCGGUAAUACAGCACUGUAAAUUGUGAGAUCAUGAAAAAUUGAAAAUGUGGAGAAGAGGGAAUUGAGCGUCUUUAUUCACAGACACCGAUGCUGUUAUGGAAACUUGCAUUUGCAGAUUUCGCACGUGUGCGCAAAAUGCUCCUGUGCCGUCAUCGUCCAUUGUGAUACCUCUGACUUCAAUACUUUAUUUUCACUGGCCUCGAACAUGUCACCAAAAUUGUCUGAGAACAAGUCGGAGAAAUCUGAUUAACCGACUCGACGUGACUUCGUAUGCGUCGUUCGUAAAGACCAAAGUACUACAAAGUUUUCAAAGAUAUUAAAUACACUUCAGAAACUGAAAUCUGGUAAAUGAGAAGCACGAUUGGAUGUGAUCUUAUUAUAAUCUCCUUAGGCCUAUAUUUACAAAAUGUGACUUUCGGGGAUAAUAUAUAUAUCAUUUCCCUUGUGCUCCAAACCCAAAGCGUGUAAAAAGCUCCAAAAUUAAAAAUAAUAAAUAAACAAAUAAAAAUGAAA